AUGAGGCUGAUUCUAGUCAAACCCACCAAUGCAACGCGCCGUCUUGACUCAACUGGUGAAGUCUUCCACGACGCCGACCAUGAGCGUUGCAAUUCAGGAGGUCCGUCGCCUCCCAUGAAAAACCCUGAGGCCAUGUGCUAUCAACACUCUGGAACUUCCUUGGAACCGCAGAAGGAGACAAGCCUGUGCUGUGUGUCAUUUGCACCUGAGGGAAAAUCCAAUGGAGUGACUCCUCCAAGAAUUUUGGCACAGUCGUUGCCUUUGAGAACCUGCAGCACAACUUUGUCACAGCUGAGCGAUCAAGACCUGCUCCUAUUUUGUGGACCAGUCACUAGCGGUCAAGAUAUUCCACCAAAAGCAGAGAGAUGCGGGACCGGUUUGGGACAUCCAAACCAUGCCGACAGAUGUGGUUGCCCCUCUGUUGAUGCACAUGAAAAUUCAGAGGCUUCUAGUUUCCAGCCGCGAUCCAAACAGGGUACGAUCCAAGCCUGCAUCUCCAGUGUUUCCACCAAGAGAAACCACUCGUCCUCGCCGCACACUCAACUUUUGUCUCAAGCCUCACAAGUUUCAGGUACCUGCCACGUUUCACCACAGCGCACAAGCAAAGAGGAUCGUUUGAAAUCUGCAACGUACCUUUCACAGGAUAGUCUCAUGCCACAGUUUGGUGAGGAACACAGUCCAAAGGAGCAUCAGCCUUGCAAUCAUUUGAAACACAUGAACAACAGCCAACCAACCUAUCCAAAUUUGUUCAACAUUCCUCUAAACUCUAUUGAGAGUGCUGAGAAAAAUCCAAACUUCAAAGAACCACUGUUAGUUCAGCAGCAUCGCCAGAGAGACUCUCAGUGGUCACUAAGUUGUGAUCAGGCCUUCAAGUCAUUUGGAGAUCCUUCAGUUGGCCUCAAACGCUGCGAUUGCUCUUACAACCCUUUAACCAGCACCCCACGGGUAAAGAGGUCAUCUACACCAGCCAGUAACAAAAGUGUCCAAUCCUCUGCCGGCGGUUAUGCUUCACUUGAGAACCAUCAUCUAGAGGAGCAGAGAGCCAGACAGAGAGAGAGUCAGACAAAUGCUCCACAUCGUCAAAGUGGAUCAAAACUCUCACUUUCCAGGUGUACACCUCAGACUUCUGACACUGUAGAGAUCAGUGACAUACUCAAUGGGGAUGCUGUGAGACCGCUGACCAGCCAUGGUCUUGUAAGAUCCAGUCUUCCAGAUCUUGACGCAGACCGACAACCUCUUCAGCUUCUCCACAGUGCCAUACUUGAGGACGCCUUAUCCAAAGCUAUCAGAGAAGAUUCCAGUAAGGCCAACAGUGAGAACCUGACCAGGGAGGAAGGCAGCGCACCGCAGAAGAAGACCAAGGACAUCAGCUACAGGCUGGGUCAAAGACGAGCUCUUUUUGGGAAGCGCAAACAGUUGAGUGACUACGCCUUGGUCUGUGGGAUGUUUGGCAUUACUGUCAUGGUGAUCGAUACAGAACUGUCAAGAGGAUUUCAUAGUAAGGAAUCCCUGUCUGUGAUUUUGAAGAGCCUAAUCAGCCUGUCUACUGCUAUUCUUCUUGGACUUAUAGUGAUGUACCAUGCAAGGGAAAUUCAGCUCUUCAUGGUGGACAACGGGGCAGACGACUGGAGGAUAGCCAUGACCUACGAGCGGAUUCUCUUCAUUGUUCUGGAGCUCCUUGUCUGUGCCAUCCAUCCAAUACCGGCCCAGCAUGUAUUUACCCGGACCACCGAGACGGCCUCCAGCCCCAAAUCGCUGAUGGGGACCGCCGAUGUUGAGAUCAUCCUCUCCGUGCCCAUGUUCCUGCGCCUCUACCUCAUUGGCCGGGUCAUGCUGCUCCACAGCAAGCUGUUCACGGACGCCUCCUCCCGCAGCAUCGGGGCGCUCAACAAGAUCAACUUUGACACUCGGUUUGUCAUGAAGACCCUGAUGACCAUCUGCCCUGGCACCGUCCUGCUGGUGUUCAGCGUGUCCUGCUGGAUCAUCUCGGCGUGGACCGUGCGUGUAUGUGAGAGGUAUAACGACACAGAGGAGGUGACCACUACCUUCCUUGAAGCGAUGUGGCUGAUCUCCAUCACCUUCCUGUCCAUUGGCUACGGGGACAUGGUGCCUCAGACCUACUGCGGAAAGGGUGUCUGCCUGUUGACAGGAAUCAUGGGGGCUGGCUGCACCGCCUUAGUGGUCGCCGUCGUUGCAAGGAAGUCGGAGCUCACCAGAGCCGAGAAGCACGUCCACAACUUCAUGAUGGACACUCAGCUCUACAAAAAGAUAAAAAACACAGCAGCCAAUGUGUUGAGGGAGACGUGGCUCAUCUACAAAAACACCAAGCUGGUCAGGAAGAUUGAUCAUGCCAGAGUGCGCAACCACCAGCGAAAAUUCCUGCAAGCCAUCCAUGAAAUGCGAAGAGUCAAAAUGGAGCAAAGGAAACUAACUGACCAGGCAAACACAGUUGCUGAUCUUGCCAAGACUCAGAGCAUGAUGUACGACCUGGUGUCCGAGCUUCAGCGGCGGAGUGAGGAGCUGGACAGGAGGAUCGUGGCUCUGGAAGAGAAACUGGACUCCAUCCUGGUCGGUGUGCAGUCGCUGCCCGUCAUGCUCUCUCAGGCCAUAACAAAGCAGCAGCAGGACUUCCUGGACGACUUGGCUUGCCGCGUCCAUUUCCUGUCGUCCUCCUGGGGCUCUGAGUGCUGUUCGGUUCCUGCCAGGCAGCUGUGUCCAGCCUCUGCCACACCUGAAACCUCAUACAGCUGA